CCGCCGUAGCCCGGCGCGGGCCGGUUGCCGUUCUCAAGAUGGCCGCGGCGCGAGCGGCCCCUGCGGCGGGCUAGGGGCGGAGGCGGAGCGCGUCACCCCAGCAUUCAGGGCCCCGGUCCCCGCGCUGGGCUGCAGCUCCUUGCCCGUCGCGGCUAUGCGGGGCUUCGCGCACGGAUGAGAGAAGCCGCCGCCGCCGCGCUGGUCCCCCCACCCGCCUUCGCCGUCACCCCCGCCGCCGCCAUGGAGGAGCCGCCGCCGCCGGCGGAACCCGAGCCGGAGCCCGAGCGCUACCGCGCGGCGAGGCAACAGAGCACGCGGGGGCUUCCGGCGCGCGGGAAUUCCGAGUCCGAUGUGGAGGAGUUCUCGGACGGAGCGAACACAGAGAACCUCUACGGCACGUCUCCGCCCAGCACCCCUCGGCAGAUGAAGCGCAUGUCCGCCAAACAGCAGAGGAAUGCUGUGGGGAGGCCCGCCAGCCGCUCCAGUUUGAAAGAAAAAAUGAAUGCAUCAAGCCAGCCGCCACAUAAAGACACUGGAAAGGUCGGGGAGAAUGUGGAAGAAUACAGCUAUAAGCAGGAAAAAAAGAUCCGAGCGGCCAUCAGGACGACAGAGCGCGACCACAAGAAAAACGUGCAGUGCUCCUUCAUGCUGGACUCGGUGGGCGGGUCCCUGCCCAAGAAGCCGAUCCCGGACGUGGAUCUCAAUAAGCCUUACCUCAGUCUCGGCUGCAGCCACGCCAAGCUCCCGGUGUCUGUGCCCGUGCCCAUCGCGCGGACCACACGGCAGACUUCCAGGACCGACUGCCCGGCAGACCGCUUGAAAUUUUUUGAGACUUUACGACUUCUUCUAAAGCUUACCUCAGUCUCCAAGAAGAAGGACAGGGAGCAGAGAGGACAGGAGAGUACAUCCGCUUUCUGGUUUAACCGCUCGAACGAACUGAUCUGGUUGGAGCUACAAGCCUGGCACGCGGGGCGGACCAUCAACGACCAGGACCUCUUUUUAUACACAGCCCGCCAAGCCAUACCAGACAUUAUCAAUGAAAUCCUCACUUUCAAAGUUAACUAUGGGAGCUACGCCUUUGUCAGAAAUGGAGCCAGUUUUAAUGGGACUCCGCUGGAAGGGCAGUGCAGAGCCCCUCCUGGAACGAGGGCUGUGGGUCACUCAACAUAUCACGAGCACCUGCAGCGCCAGAGGGUGUCCUUCGAGCAGGUGAAACGGAUAAUGCAGCUGCUGGAGUACAUAGAAGCACUUUACCCGUCGUUGCAGGCUCUUCAGAAGGACUACGAGAAGUACGCCGCAAAGGACUUCCAGGACAGGGUGCAGGCACUCUGCCUGUGGCUAAACAUCACAAAGGACCUAAACCAGAAGUUAAGGAUUAUGGGCACUGUUUUGGGCAUCAAGAAUCUGUCAGACAUUGGCUGGCCAGUGUUUGAAAUCGCCUCCCCUAGGUCGUCCAAAGGCAACGACGAGCCAGAAGAUGAGGGUGACGACACCGAAGGGGAUCUGAAAGAGCUGGAAAGUAGCGCAGACGAGAGUGGAGAAGAACAGGUCCCCGAUCCAAGGGUCCCCGAGACCGGACACCCUGCUGACCACACUGGCACCCUCCAGCCGCAGAGCCGCCCGUCUAAGAAGCUCGAGAGGGUUGCGUCGGAGGAUGAGGCUGGCAGCUGGGGAGCAGCUGACUGCAGCACGGAAGCAGGCUUUCGCAGACAUUGUCUGACUUCCAUCUACAGACCGUUCGUAGACAAAGCCCUGAAGCAGAUGGGCUUGAGGAAGCUCAUUUUAAGGCUGCACAAGCUGAUGGACGGUUCCCUGCAAAGGGCACGGGUAGCCCUGGUAAAGAGUGACCAUCCAGUGGAGUUUUCUGAGUUCCCAGACCCCAUGUGGGGCUCCGAUUACGUGCAGCUGUCCAGGCCGCCACCCCCUCCAGAGCAGAAGUGCAGCCCUGUGUCCUGGGAGGAGCUGAUAUCCAUGGACCUCCCGUCGUUCGAGCCUGCCUUCCGCGUACUCUGCCGAGUGCUGCUGAACGUCAUCCACGAGUGUCUGAAGCUGCGGCUGGAGCAGAGGCCGGCCGGGGAGCCCUCCCUGCUGAGUAUUAAGCAGCUGGUCCGUGAGUGCAAGGAGGUGCUGAAGGGCGGCCUCCUGAUGAAGCAGUACUACCAGUUCAUGCUGCACGGCGUCUGGGACGGCCCCGAGGAGGCUGACUGCAACAUCGACGCCUUCGAGGAGGACCUGCAGGAGAUGCUGAUGGUAUAUUUUGAUUACAUGAGAAGCUGGAUCCAGAUGCUACAGCAGUUACCUCAAGCAUCCCAUAGUUUAAAAAAUCUGUUAGAAAAAGAAUGGAAUUUCACCAAAGAAAUAACCCAUUACAUCCGUGGAGGAGAGGCCCAGGCUGGAACGCUGUUCUGCGACAUCGCGGGCAUGCUGCUGAAGUCCACGGGGGCCUUUCUGGAGUCCGGCCUGCAGGAGCGCUGCGCCGGGUUUUGGACCGGCGCCGACGACAGCUGCGCUUCGGACGAGAUAAGGAGGUCGGUCAUCGAGAUCAGUCGGGCCCUGAAGGAGCUCUUCCACGAGGCCAGGGAGCGGGCCUCCAAAGCCCUGGGGUUCGCUAAAAUGCUGAGGAAGGACCUAGAAGUAGCUGCUGAGUUCACACUUUCAGCUCCAGUUAGAGACCUUCUGGAUGUUCUGAAAUCAAAACAGUACGUUAAGGUACAGAUUCCUGGCCUGGAAAACCUGCAGCUGUUCGUUCCGGACACCCUUGCCGAGGAGAAGGGCAUCGUGCUGCAUUUGCUCAACGCAGCCGCAGGAAAGGACUCCUCCAAGGAUGACGUGCUGAUCGACGCCUACCUGCUCCUCGCCAAGCCCAGUGACCGUGUGCGGGAUGCAGAGGACGGCUGGGCCACGUGGGAAGCCCCGCUGAUCAAAAUUGUGCCUCAGGUGGAGACUGUGGACACCCUGAGAAGCAUGCAGGUGGAUAAUCUUCUACUAGUUGUCAUGGAGUCUUCUAAUCUCGUGAUUCAGAGAAAAGCCUUCCAGCAGUCUGUCCAGGGGCUCGUGACGCUGCGUCAGGAGCAGACGUCCAGCCUGCCGGUCAUUGCCAAAGCGCUGCAGCAGCUCAAGAACGAUGCGUUAGAGCUUUGCAACAGAAUCGGUGAUGCCAUUGAUCGAGUGGACCACGUGUUCACUUCAGAAUUUGACACCGAAGUCGAUGAAGCGGAAUGUGCCACGUUGCAGCAGUACCACCGAGAAGCAAUGAUUCAGGGGUACAACUUUGGGUUUGAGUAUCAUAAAGAAGUUGUUCGCCUGAUGUCUGGAGUGUUUAGACAAAAGAUUGGAGACAAAUACAUAAGCUUUGCCCGAAAGUGGAUGAAUUACGUCCUAACGAAGUGUGAGAGCGGGAGAGGCACCAGACCCCGGUGGGCGACUCAGGGUUUCGACUUUCUGCAGGCCAUUGAGCCCGCCUUCAUUUCCGGUCUCCCAGAAGAUGACUUCCUGAGUUUACAAGCUUUGAUGAACGAGUGCAUUGGCCACGUGAUAGGAAAGCCGCACAGUCCUGUCACAGCGAUCCAUCGGAACAGCCCCCGCCCGGUGAAGGUGCCGCGAUGCCACAGCGACCCGCCCAACCCCCACCUCAUUAUCCCAGCUCCAGAGGGAUUCAGCACUCGGAGCGUGCCUUCGGAUGUGCGGAGCCACGGGCCCUCCGGCGGCGACUCUGUGCCACCCAAACCCACCAGCAGUGCCCAUGACGCCAGGGGUUCCAGUGUUCCUGAGAAUGACCGGCUGGCUUCCAUUGCAGCUGAAUUGCAGUUUCGGUCCCUGAGCCGCCACUCCAGCCCCACAGAGGAGCGAGACGAACCAGCGUUUCCGAAGGGCGAUGUCGGUGGGUCAGCGAGAAGAAGCUGGGAGCUGCGGACACUCAUCAGCCAGACGAAGGAUUCCGCUUCUAGACAAGGACCCAUGGAAGCUGUCCAGAAGUCAGUCCGACUCUUUGAAGAAAAGCGGUAUCGAGAAAUGAGGAGAAAGAAUAUCAUUGGUCAAGUGUGCGACACCCCCAAAUCUUACGACAACGUCAUGCAUGUUGGCCUGAGGAAGGUGACCUUCAAGUGGCAGAGAGGAAAUAAGAUUGGCGAAGGGCAGUAUGGGAAGGUCUACACCUGCAUCAGCGUGGACACGGGCGAGCUGAUGGCCAUGAAGGAGAUUCGAUUCCAGCCUAAUGACCAUAAAACCAUCAAGGAAACCGCGGACGAGCUGAAGAUAUUCGAGGGCAUCAAGCACCCCAAUCUGGUCCGGUAUUUUGGCGUGGAGUUGCACAGGGAGGAGAUGUACAUUUUCAUGGAGUACUGUGACGAGGGCACUCUGGAGGAGGUGUCCAGGCUGGGCCUCCAGGAGCACGUCAUCCGGCUGUACUCCAAGCAAAUCACUGUGGCCAUCAACGUCCUCCAUGAGCACGGCAUCGUUCACCGCGACAUUAAAGGUGCCAACAUCUUCCUCACCUCCUCGGGGCUGAUCAAACUGGGAGAUUUCGGGUGCUCAGUGAAGCUCAAAAACAACGCACAGACCAUGCCUGGUGAAGUGAACAGCACCCUGGGGACCGCAGCGUACAUGGCUCCGGAAGUCAUCACUCGCGCGAAAGGCGAAGGUCACGGGCGUGCGGCCGACAUUUGGAGUCUGGGGUGUGUGGUCAUAGAGAUGGUGACAGGCAAGAGGCCUUGGCAUGAAUAUGAGCACAACUUCCAGAUCAUGUAUAAGGUGGGGAUGGGGCAUAAGCCCCCCAUCCCCGACAGGCUGAGCCCAGAAGGGAAGGACUUCCUCUCUCACUGCCUGGAGAGUGAGCCCGGGAUGCGGUGGACUGCCAGCCAGCUCCUCGACCACCCCUUCGUCAAGGUGUGCACAGAUGAGGAGUGAGGCGGGCCGGCCGCGGCCCAGGAGUGGCACCGCAGGGCAUCUCCCAACUACUGCUGUACGUGGGGUUUCCACGACGACCGCUGGGAGCCGCGGGGCCGCGGGGCCGCGGGGCCUCCGCCGUCCAGGACUGCAGACUGCGUAAGUGGCCGGCUCACGUCUCCUGCUGCUCCUGUGUGUGUGGCCUGGCGCGGGCCUCUUGGUGACAGUGCCCUCGCGGUAACGAAGCUACGUGUUAAGUGCCAUUUCUACUGUACACGGACCGUCGCUUCCGUCACCCCUGAGACCAGUGACAUCAGUGUGGUGUUUGGAGCUUUCGAGGUUCCAAGCCGCCACCGUGGCAUCCGGCGUUCUGGCCUCCUCCCCCUCCUGUCUGUCGAGUGCACUGUGAAGCCUCCCUGUUCUCAUUGUCGUCAGCACGCCGCGGGUUUGUCACGCAGAAGGCGGAUUCAUGCAGUUUAAGGAAAAGGUUCUUUUUUCAAUAAAUGGUUUAUUUUAGGAAAGCGCA